ACCCUCCUAAUGGAUCACUGCAUUGGCCCCCCGCUAUCUCAGCUGAACCACAAGGAAGUUAAGUUUAUUCGAAGCCGACACAUGUGAAUCGCGCGUUUUAGGAUGACAGCGCCGGGAACAGCGCCUAGAACUGCCUGAAAUUCUAACAACUCUUCAAGUGUCCGGAAGCGUUUUCUGAGAUUACGUCUCUGAGCAUGAGCGGAAGUCACCCUUUGAGCAAUCUGCGGUUUAAUUAUAUUCAGGACAGAGCCAUCCGUUUCCAUUCUUUUCUUCUCGUUGCACCCAUAAGCAAGUGAUCAGUCCAAGAUGGCGGAUGAGGCCACCCGGCGUGUCGUGUCUGAGAUCCCGGUGCUGAAGACCAAUGCCGGACCUCGAGAUCGGGAGUUGUGGGUGCAGAGACUCAAGGAGGAAUAUCAGUCUCUUAUCCGGUACGUGGAGAACAACAAGAAUGCAGACAAUGAUUGGUUCCGACUGGAGUCCAACAAGGAAGGGACUCGGUGGUUUGGAAAAUGCUGGUACAUCCAUGACCUCCUCAAAUAUGAGUUUGACAUCGAGUUUGACAUUCCUAUCACAUAUCCCACUACUGCUCCAGAAAUCGCAGUCCCUGAACUGGAUGGAAAAACAGCAAAGAUGUACAGGGGUGGCAAAGUAUGCCUGACUGAUCACUUUAAGCCUUUGUGGGCCAGGAAUGUGCCUAAGUUUGGACUAGCUCAUCUCAUGGCUCUGGGGCUGGGUCCAUGGCUGGCAGUGGAAAUCCCCGAUCUGAUUCAGAAGGGAGUGAUUCAGCAUAAAGAGAAAUGCAGCCAAUGAAGGAUCAAUUCACUGAGGCAGGACAGAGGGAUCUUCGAUAGGCUACGUUCCUGUUUUCCUGUGCAUCAUUCUUUUUACUCAUCUAACCACUUCCCUCCACACCCCUUCACCCAUAAUUGUUACUAAGUAUCAAUAGUUGCAGCGGACACUGCUGAAAAAAACAACGGUAUUGCUACUGAAUUUCUAAGUUGGGCUACACAGGAAGGAGAAAGACUAGGGCCUUGAAAAACCAAAAGGCAAUUUAUAUCCCUUGUCCAUGUGGAGCAGUGUGAGGUCCUGGAGGGAUAUGGGGUGACUGAAAGUGGGUACAUAGUCUUUUUGGUUUCUGGAGAUAACUCAUCAAUAAAAGCUGCUUCCUCCUGUG